CGGAAUCUUUUUCUUUUUGAGAGAAAGAGAGAGAGAGACACGCUCCACAAAUCCCCGCAAAGAAAAGAAAAAAAGUGUAGACUUUGUAAAAACCGCCAUUGUGAACAAGGAAUUGGUAUAAAAAGAGAGAGAGAAAAUGAAGUAUAUAUUGGUGACGGGUGGUGUAGUAAGCGGUCUUGGCAAAGGGGUCACUGCUAGUAGCAUUGGACUUCUGCUUAUAGCUUGUGGACUUCGUGUAACUUCAAUUAAAAUUGAUCCUUACCUGAACACCGAUGCGGGAACCAUGUCUCCUUUUGAGCAUGGGGAGGUAUUUGUCUUAGAUGAUGGCGGUGAGGUGGACCUUGACCUUGGAAACUAUGAACGGUUUUUAGACGUUAAGUUAACCCGUGACAACAAUAUUACAACUGGAAAAAUAUAUCAGUCUGUUCUUGAGAAGGAGAGAAAAGGAGACUACCUUGGAAAGACUGUCCAGGUUGUUCCACACAUUACAGAUGCCAUUCAAGAGUGGAUAGAGCGUGUUGCAAAAAUACCAGUGGAUGGACAAGAAGGUCCAGCCGAUGUUUGUGUCAUUGAAUUGGGUGGAACUAUAGGUGACAUUGAAUCUAUGCCAUUCAUUGAGGCGCUUGGCCAAUUUUCAUACCGUGUAGGCCCUGGUAAUUUCUGCUUAAUUCACGUCAGCCUCGUCCCUGUUCUCAAUGUUGUUGGUGAGCAGAAAACAAAACCUACCCAGCAUAGUGUUCGGGGACUCAGAGGAAUGGGGUUGACACCAAAUAUUCUUGCUUGUCGUAGUACAAAGGCACUUGAUGAGAAUGUAAAGGGGAAACUUGCUCAAUUUUGCCAUGUGCCGGCAGAAAAUAUUGUCACUCUCUAUGAUGUUCCAAACAUAUGGCACAUUCCCUUGCUAUUAAGAGAUCAGAAGGCACAUGAAGCAAUCCUGAAAGAGCUGAACCUUCUAGGUGUUGCUAGAGAGCCUGCUUUAAAGGAAUGGACUGUGAGGACAAAAGUUUCUGACAUGUUACACAAGCCUGUUAGAAUUGCCAUGGUUGGAAAAUACACUGGCCUUUCAGAUGCAUACCUCUCUGUUUUAAAGGCUCUUUUGCAUGCCUCUGUUGCUUGCUGCAGGAAGCUUGUUGUAGAUUGGGUUGCAGCGGGAGAACUUGAAGACAUUACUGCAAAAGAGGCCCCUGAAGUUUAUAAGGCAGCAUGGGAUCUUUUGAAGGGUGCUGAUGGUGUUCUUGUUCCAGGAGGGUUUGGUGAUAGAGGAGUGCAAGGGAAAAUUCUUGCAGCAAAAUAUGCUCGAGAGAAUAAUGUUCCAUACCUAGGUAUUUGUCUUGGGAUGCAAAUUGCUGUCAUUGAGUUUGCACGAUCUGUUCUUGGUUUGCAUGAUGCCGACAGUACUGAGUUUAAUACUGAAACAACAAAUCCUUGUGUAAUAUUUAUGCCAGAGGGUUCAAAAACUCAUAUGGGAGGUACUAUGCGUCUGGGAUCAAGGAGGACUUACUUCAAUGUUCCUGAUUGCAUAUCUGCAAAGUUGUAUGGGAAUGUAGGUUUUGUUGAUGAGCGACAUCGGCAUAGAUAUGAGGUCAAUCCAAAUAUGAUAUCACAACUUGAAAAUGCUGGUCUAUCAUUUGUUGGCAAAGAUGAAACUGGUCAGCGCAUGGAGAUUAUUGAGUUGCCCAGUCAUCCGUACUUUGUUGGUGUUCAGUUCCAUCCUGAAUUUAAGUCAAGACCUGGGAAACCGUCUGCACUGUUCUUAGGACUAAUUGCAGCAGCAUGUAAGAACUUGGAGAAUUUUCUACAUGAUAAUGGGCACAUAAGAAAGUCAGUGACCAAUGGGAUGAGUAAUGGACACUCAAUGGUGAAAACCCACAUAAAUGGAGGCACAAUUAAGUCUUCCAAUGGUCCUGUACAUGGUGUGUAUAGCAAUGGUCAUGGUCAUGGUCAUAACAAUGGUAAUGGUCAUGGUCAUAGCAAUGGUCAUGGCAAUGGUAAUGGCGUGCACUUGGAAUGAAGUUGCUGAUUCUCUUAUAGCAGUUUCUUCCGCACGCGUCCUUCUCUCAAAAGGGCUUUUUGGUAGCCAUCGGUUUUGUCUGUACAGCUGUUGAGGAUGGGUAGAAGUUUUAGCUUGGGAGAUGUCUUUUGGAUGAGGGUGGUGGUGGUGGUGGUUAAGUCUUUUGAAUGACGGCUUAUGUUUCCAAGAAGUAUAUGCUGAAGUUGUAAAAUUAAUUUUGUUGGACUGAGUUUCCUAUUUUCGCAAGGACAAACUUGCUGGCUAUGGAAAAGAAAAAGAGAUGUAUGGACCAGUUUCUAAUACAUGAGAGCAAAUCGUUUUUUUACA